UGAAUGUUUCAUCUAGUUCUAUUUAUUCAUAGAUUAUGCUAAAGUUAUUACUACAAUUGACUAAAAACAGUUUGGCCAACGGUCCCAGUCCGAAUGUUUUCAAUAAUUUGAAAUGCAUAAACUGUAGUAGGAGCAGAUCCUUCAGUAAAAAAGUAGCUGAUCACAUCAAUGAAGGUAGAAAAAGAAAUAUUAGAUCAACACUUUACUAUGUUACUGCUGCGGGUGUAGUGACUGUUGGCUUAAGCUAUGCAGCUGUGCCACUUUAUAGAAUGUUUUGCCAAGCAUACAGUUAUGGAGGAACCACUGCCAUAGGACAUGAUGCCAGUAAAGUCGAGACUAUGUCUAAGGUGCAACAUAAACCAAUUAAAAUCAAAUUCAAUGCUGAUACUGCUGCAAGUAUGAGAUGGAAUUUCAAACCUCAACAGAGUGAACUUACUGUUUGUCCAGGAGAAACAGCACUGGCAUUUUAUACUGCUAAGAACCCAACUGAUACUCCAGUUAUAGGAAUAAGUACUUAUAAUGUAGUUCCCUUUGAGGCUGGACAGUAUUUCAAUAAGAUUCAGUGUUUUUGUUUUGAAGAACAAUUGCUCAACCCACAUGAACAGGUAGAUAUGCCAGUAUUUUUUUACAUAGAUCCAGAAAUCACUGAGGACCCAUACAUGGAGUACGUGAGUGAAAUUACUUUGUCCUACACAUUCUUUGAGGCCAAAGAUGGUCUUAAACUACCUCUUCCCCCUCAUAUGAAAGCAUGAGAAAGUUCUUAGUCUGUUGAUGAAAUAAAGUAUAUUUAUUCUACCACCUCCUCUUCAAUUAACCUACAGACAGUAAUUAAAUAAAGUAUAGUUUCAUUUGUA